AUGACAAAGUCCCCUACUCCCUCCAUCCACAAGCACGACCCCGAGCUCGAGGCCUCUGUCGGCAAGGACGGCAUUGACUACACCCACGUCCAUCUCCUCCGCAACCCCUCCGUCGCCAAGCUCUACGAGGAUGCCCUCCGCUAUGAGGUCGGCACCUUCGUCUCCUCCGCCGGCGCCCUUGUCACCUCCUCCGGAAAGAAGACCGGACGCUCCCCCAAGGACAAGCGUAUCGUCGACGAGGAGAGCACCACCGAGGACAUCUGGUGGGGACCCGUGAACACAAAGAUGACCGAGCACGCCUUCCUGAUCAACCACGAGCGCGCUGUCGACUACCUCAACACCCGCGAGCGCCUUUAUGUCUUUGACGGAUAUGCUGGCUGGGACCCCAAGUACCGCCUGAAGAUCCGUGUCGUCUGCGCCCGCGCCUACCACUGCCUGUUCAUGCGCAACAUGUUGAUUCGCCCCACGGACGAGGAGCUCAAGAACUACGGCGAGCCCGACUUCACCAUCCUCAACGCCGGCGCCUUCCCCGCCAACAGAUACACCACCGGCAUGACCUCAACCACCUCGGUCUCCAUCAACUUCAAGCUGCGCCAGAUGGUCAUUCUCGGAACCGAGUACGCCGGAGAGAUGAAGAAGGGCGUCUUCACCAUCAUGCACUACCUCAUGCCCAAGGCCGGCGUCCUUUCUCUCCACUCCUCCGCUAACCAGGGCCCCGACGGCGACACCUCCCUCUUCUUCGGUCUCUCCGGAACCGGCAAGACUACCCUCUCUGCCGACCCCGCCCGCGCCCUUAUUGGAGAUGACGAGCACGUCUGGACCGACACUGGAGUCUUCAACAUCGAGGGAGGCUGCUACGCCAAGUGCAUUGAUCUCUCGGCCGAGAAGGAGCCCGAGAUUUUCGGUGCCAUCCGCUUCGGAUCUGUUCUCGAGAACGUUGUCUUUGACGAGGACACUCGCCUGGUCGAUUACUCUGACAAGUCCUUGACCGAGAACACUCGCUGCGCCUACCCCAUCGAGUACAUCCCCAAUGCUCUCUUGCCCUGCAUUGGUGCCCACCCCAAGAACAUCAUCAUGUUGACCUGCGAUGCCUUCGGUGUCCUCCCCCCAGUCUCCAAGUUGACCUCGGCCCAGGCUAUGUACCACUUCAUCUCUGGAUACACCGCCAAGAUUGCCGGUACUGAGGAGGGUGUCACCGAGCCCGAGGCCACCUUCUCUGCCUGCUUCGGCCAGCCCUUCUUGGUCCUCCACCCUACCCAGUACGCCACUAUGCUGGCUCAGAAGAUGCACGAGCACACUGCUGAUGCCUGGUUGAUCAACACUGGCUGGAACGGCGGUGUCUAUGGCACUGGUAAGCGCAUUGCCCUCAAGUACUCUCGCGCCAUCAUCGAUGCCAUCCACAACGGCGAGCUCAAGAAGGCCGAGUACGAGACCUACCCUGUGUUUGGCCUCCAGAUUCCCAAGGCCGUCACUGGCGUUCCCGCCGAGGUUUUGAACCCCGCCGUUGCCUGGCAGGGAACCAAGGAGGAGUACAACGGCACUGUCACGAAGUUGGCCAACCUCUUCAACGAGAACUUUACCAAGUACGCUGACCAGGCCACCGAGGAUGUCAUUGCCGUCGGACCCAAGCUCUAA